GCCUGGCCCCUGCGAGCCGCCCGAGCUGGUCCCGCUGAGCCGCGGGCCCCGUGCCCUGCGAUGGCUCGGCUGGUGCAGCGCGGCGCCAGGUGCUCGCGGUCCUCCCGCUGAGACGCGGCCGGCUGGGGACCCGCUGGGCCUCGGCGCUCGCAGCCUUCGCCUCCCCGCCGCGCCCGCUCCCUUUCUGGGGACUCUGCCGCUGUUUCUGGGGACGCGGGGACAGGGGGCCCAGACAAAGCCCACUUUGUAAGGGGAGUUGGCCGCGGGCGUGGAAUGUGCGCGUCGGCGCGCGCCCCCUCCCCGCGCCCCGCCAGCUGCGAGUCUUGGCUCCCGGACUGUCUCGUCGCGUCGGAGAAAUCGUCCCCCAGCGCUGCUCUCCCGCCCGGGGGUCCUGGUUCGGAGCUCGCGCGGCCGGGAGUCGCCUCGGUCUCUACUGGGGCGCGCGCAGAUGUGAGCGUGCGAGAGUUGUGUAGGGGGUUUUGUUCCCUCCGAAACUGAGACCCAGGGCGCCCAGUGGGCACCGGUGCCUUGACUCUGUCCUUUCUGCAGCCGCUGGUCCGAGCUGUCUGGCCUCAGUUUCCCUUCGACUUUUCUCCGCUCUGCCAGCCCUCACUGCUGCCCGUCAUUGUUCUCGCAGUUAGAUGGGGGUGCUUUGUGACGGCUGCCAAGGUGGGGUGUGUUCUCUUUGUCCCAUUUUUCAAACAGAACAAGGCCUCCAAGGCUGACCCCAGACAACCCACCCCCUUGGACCCCACUUCACCUUAUUGCACUGAUUUUUUUUAUCAAGUAGUAGUUUAUUGUACAGGAGCCACGCCCUGAUUUCUUAAAGGCGCCUUGCACUCUGGCCAUGUGUUAUCUCUGCAGCUGGUGUGUGGGAGGCCUCUUGUGAGCCACCUGUUUUCCCGCCUCCACCACGCCCUCGAGGAUUUAGGGAUGCCAGGGGGGAAGAAGGUGGUUGGGGGUGGUAGCAGCGGUGCCACUCCAACAUCCGCUGUGACCACCGCCCCCUCUGGGGUCAGGCGUUUGGAGACCAGCCAAGGAGCCUCAGCCCAGAGAGAUGAGGAGCCAGAAGAGGAAGGGGAAGAGGACCUGCGAGACGGAGGGGUCCCCUUCUUUGUCAACCGGGGUGGGCUACCUGUGGAUGAGGCCACCUGGGAAAGGAUGUGGAAACACGUGGCCAAGAUCCACCCCGAUGGAGAGAAGGUGGCGCAACGGAUCCGUGGGGCCACAGACCUGCCCAAGAUCCCCAUACCGAGUGUGCCUACGUUCCAGCCGUCUACACCUGUCCCUGAGCGCCUGGAAGCUGUGCAGCGCUACAUCAGGGAGCUGCAGUAUCCUCUCUGGUCAAGGGUCAUGGCCACCUUCUGGCCGUUGUGGUGGGCAUUUCCAGACAGAGCUGAAGAGGCCGGCCGCCUGCUCCGUGUCUCUUGUCCUAAGAAGGGAAGCCAGGGGAGAACAAGGGAGAAAGCCAAGGCUGAUGGACCUGGCCAAGGAAAUGACCAAAGAGGCCCUGCCAAUCAAAUGCCUGGAAGCCGUGAUCCUGGGAAUGCCAGUUACCUCACCAACAGCAUGCCCACCCUGGAGCGCUUCCCCAUCAGCUUCAAGACCUACUUCUCAGGGAACUACUUCCGCCACAUCGUGCUGGGGGUGAACUUCGCGGGCCGCUACGGCGCGCUGGGCAUGAGCCGGCGCGAGGACCUGAUGUACAAGCCGCCCGCCUUCCGCACGCUCAGCGAGCUCGUGCUGGACUUCGAGGCCGCCUAUGGUCGCUGCUGGCACGUGCUCAAGAAGGUGAAGCUGGGCCAGAGCGUGUCGCACGACCCGCACAGCGUGGAGCAGAUCGAGUGGAAGCACUCGGUGCUGGACGUGGAGCGCCUGGGCCGCGAUGACUUCCGCAAGGAGCUGGAGCGCCACGCCCGCGACAUGCGGCUCAAGAUUGGCAAAGGGACGGGCCCUCCCUCUCCUACCAAGGACCGGAAGAAGGAUGUUUCUUCCCCGCAGCGGGCCCAGUCCAGCCCCCACCGCAGGAACAGCCGCAGCGAAAGACGGCCCUCUGGUGACAAGAAGCCUUCCGAGCCCAAAGCCAUGCCAGACCUCAAUGGGUACCAGAUCCGGGUCUGAGGCAGAUGCCGGCACCCCAGGCCCCACCCACUCCUAGGGGUCAGGAUCCACCUGCUGGAACCAGCCUCAUGCAUGGGGGAAGGCAGGGCUGUGACAAGGCAGGGCAAGAGGCUGCAGCAAGAGUGUGUUCCAGCUCAGCCCCCCAAGCUGCUCCCGCUCCCACUGAGCCAAGCUCCCUAACUUUGGGCCUAGAGGCCGUUAGUAUUUUAUUUGGAGUUUUUAACUCUACAACUGAAGUUUAAGGUAUUUGGGGAAAGCAGUCCAGAUGGAUCUGCUGAUGGUGGGAAGGCCAGUGCUUAGGAGAUCCAUGUGCCAUGGAGCCAGGUGAGGGAGAUUGCUGGUUCUGCUGGUGCCUCUGCCCCUGGCUUCUCUCUGGGAGUUCAGUGCAUCCUAUCAGUGGGAAAUUUCCCAGCCUUACCAGGCCUAUGGUGGGGGGUGGGGGUGGGGUGGAGAUGUUUCUCCAGUUCUGCCUGCCCUGGCAGAAUCUUGACCCAGGGAAAGGGAAGUAGGGUAGGAGUCCUCCUGAGAAAGGUUUGUUCCAUUAACCAGGAGCUUGGCACAGGCCACAUCUGCCCCAAGAGCAUGAGCUCGUGGCCUAGGAGAGCCUUCAGGCCCUGGAGGUCCCCAUGGGCAGUGCUGUGUGGGCAGAGGAGGGGUGAUAGGAGAGCCCAGAGAAGGACCUCUGAGCAGAAAGUUCCCAGGGCCUAACCGAGUCUACUUGCUCAGUCCCAGCUCUGCCUGUUACUGUAGCCCACGGGCUCCCUGCAGAGGGUCUGGGCUUGGUGGAGGACCCAGAAUGGCACUGAGGCCAGCAUGGCUAUGGGAGUUGAGCAGACCCUGGGCACCUGUCCAGGAGCUGUGGCUGGGCAUGGGUUGAUGGGGUGGGAUGCCUCGGCCUGGGUCUUUUCCCCUGGCAGUGCCAGGAGCCCCUGCUGGGGAAAUCAAGACCAGACUAGGAUGCUUGUGUCCCAGGCCUGCCUUGCAUCCUUUAACAGCCCAUCUUGGCUUGGGGUUGCAAUGAUGGCUAGGCCAGUCACUUGUGGCAGGGCAUCAGGGCCCUGGAAGGGAAGAACCUAGGCACCUGGGGUUGUCCCCAGCCUGCCCGUCAGCAUGAGAUACCUGGUGGGAAAGUGAGAGGAUGCAGAGAGGUUGGCAGAGCCGGGGGUAGGUUCUGGUGGCUUAAGCAACAAGGAGGUGCAGGGAAAGGGUGCAGUGCAGCCACUGAGGAGGGACAGCUGGGAACUGGGGGAUGCAAGUGAGAAAGGGAUGUGGGGGAGAGUUUAGGAUCAGGCUGCUUGAGGAGUAAUGGGUUGCCUACAGCAAGGACUAGAUGGCUGUUUGUCAGGAGGCGUAGAAAGGUAGAAAGGAUUCGGGUUAUGGAAGGGUAAAUGGAUGAGAUGACCAUUAAGGUUUUGUUGUUUUACUGAGAGGCUGUAAGUCUGCUAGGGGCAGCUGCCAGUAAGGCUGCAGAAGGGCUGGGGGGCUACAUAAGGAAGAUCAGAACUAGGAUUGUAAACUCCAACGACAACAGGGCCAGCAAAUGGUGAGAAGGAGAGCUGCAGGGCUGCGUGGGGACUACGGCUACCUGAAGAGGGCACACCCCGUUAAAGGGGACACAGCUGCUCAGCUGUUCUUACAGUGCCAGCCCCGUGUUGCCAGAUUGUCUGCUUUGUCAGAGGCCAGAAUUCUGACUUUUUAUGUGAAAUAGAAUUUUUAAAUGCUGGUGAUCACUUCCAAAAAAACUUAAAAACCCAAUACUGGCAAAAGAGGAUGCCAGUUUGCAAUCCCUGAAGUAGAGAGAGCUCGUGCUGGGGAGAAGUCCACCAAGAUGCUUUGAGGUGGGGUGUAGGAAAGUCCUGUUCCCCAGAGCUGGGCUGGGCCGGGGGAGGAUCCUUGCAGCUGAGGAGAAGGAAAAGCCACUGAGUCCCCUCCCAGAGCGGGACAAACCAGAGGCCCUUUGGAGUUGCUGGGUCAGCAGCGGGGGUGGUGUGGAGUACAGACAGUGUAGCUCUCGGCCUGCCAGGGAGACGGCUGGUGCCUUCGAAGCAAAGAAAGAGGAAGGGAAGGCAGAGCCAGGGAUGCCUUUGCUGAUGAGAGUGCCUGUCAGGGAAGGCGCCACAGGCUGGCAGCUCUUCAAACCAGCAGUGCUUGACCCAGAGCCAGAUCCAGCAUGGCCCGGCCAGAGGCACCCUGGGAGGCCAGCUGGUCAGUCCCUUGCCUCCCCAAGUUCCUCCUGGGGUCAGUGAGCCCUGGGAGGUGCCUGACUCCAGCCAGACUAAUAAUAGGCACAUGGUGACCCCUGACUCACCAUCCCAUCCCAGCUUUCAGGGAGUGGGGGUGGUGUGGUCUCCAUGUUCCCACUAUGCCUAAGAAGAGAUGGCUCACCUUGGGAGGUGCCAGGCUGCAACUAGGUCCUUUCCGGGUCUGGAUGCUGCCGUUCAUGAGCAGGGGCGUGGCCUCAGCCACCUCUGGGAGCUUCCUGGGAACGACAGGGUUUGAGGGGAGUAGAUAUGAGAAGGAGCCACUCGUGGUUCUGGAGUCUUCGGAGGUUCCAACUUACAGGAUCCUUUCCCAGAGCCCUCCAUGGAGAAAACAGCAAAAUGAAGCUCUUACCUGCUUGCUGUCUGCAGGGGAGGGAGCCGAGCCCCAGCUGAUAAUCCCCCGGCACUCACCCUUCCUGAGCUGAGACUUGGGGCUGUGGAGACCAGCACAGGACAUAGUGGUGCUUUUUAAAUUUAUUUUUAACUGUUUCUCAUAUGUAGCAACCCCUCCUCCCCUCCUGGGCGUGUUUACACAGGCUCUGCUCCGGGGGCUGGCCUGGCUGUGAGGUUUCUGGGGAGGCAGAGAGGCAGGGACUUUGGGGCCUUAGUCACCAUCCAUGGUAUCACCUCAUCUCACUUCCUGUGAGGGACAGGGCCUGGCUGAUGGGACCCCAGCUCCCACCAGUUCAGGACUGCCUUCUAGCUCCUUUGCCCCUGGAGGUGGGGGCUGCUGGCUGAGGAGGGGUCAAGGUGAGUUCUAAGAAAGCAACCUGGGGAAAAUGGACCAGGAUUGGGGGGGUGAUUGCAAAGUCUCCCCAAAGCCUGGCUCCUUGUGCUGAGUGCCAGGGGCAGAACACUGGGGAGCCAGGUAUAGAGAGCCUUCCUGUCGUAACUGCCAGUCCUCUCCCUCCAAGGCCUCCGCACAUUCUCAUGCUCCCCUCACCCAUCAUGCCAGCCACCCCUAUCCCUCUUCUGGCAGGGCCAAGUUGGGGACAGCAGCAGCCCUCUGGCCUUGGGAUGUGAUGACAAAGCAAGCCUAGGGCCAGGGUUUGGGGAGCAGAGAGAGCUGAGAAGUUGACCACGUGUGAUUUCCAGCCCUUCCCGCUGGGACUUGACUUCCCAGGUCAAGGAGUCGGUCUCAUUCUGGCUGGUGGAGUGCCCAGAGGCCUGUGUGAAUGUGUGCACCUGCUUUUUCUGCCUGGAAUGUUUUCUGGCUCAGCUGCAGCAACAUCUGCAGGCCCAGUGUCUGCCCUGUGUCCCUGGGCUCACUCCAAGUGCAGGGACAUGAGUGCUGGGCCCAACGUGAUGAUGGUGCGAAGGGCAGGAAACAGUCCUCUGAAGGACUGGGAGGUGGACAGUCUGCCCCCACCAGGUACCAUCGCCUCCUGCCAGCUUCCCCAGACCAGGCAGGCUGCCAUGGUGCUAGCUGCAAGUCCAUCAGUAUUGACCGUCUCGCUCCAUCUUGGUGCUCCAGAGUCCCAAGUUUCCCAUUUUCAUCACAUCUGACAAGAGAGAAGAAACGUGGGUGUGCUUGGCCCACAAGGCCUGGUGGUGAUGGACCUCCCCGCUCCCUCAAGCUCUGGAUGGCUGCAGUGUUGUACCAGACUUUGUUCAGGCUGUUCUCAUCUUAGUAUUGCCCUUCCUUUCACUUUCACACUUCUCUCAUUCCUGUUGUCACUUUCCCCUGAAAUGAAUAAAGUCUCCCCAGCUCCUGCUGUGUGGGCUGGGCAGAAACCACAAC